AUGCAUUUCCUACUUUUCAUUGCCGCCUCCCUGUCAGCGAGCUGCUCUGCCCAUCCUCAGUACAACCCACAACCGUAUCCACCUAUCCUCCGUCCUCGUCAAGCUUCGACUGGAAACAGCUCUUCGCUACAAGUCGACCUUGGCUACGAGGUCUAUCAGGGCUAUACUAACUCGACUACGGGAUUGAAUGUGUGGAAAGGCAUCCGGUUCGCAGCACCCCCCACUGGCUCGAACAGAUGGCAAGCUCCUCAAGCUCCUCAAACAAACCGUGACUCCGUGAUCCAAGCAACCCAAUUUGGUCCCAUAUGUCCGCAGAACCAGGAUACAACAAAUACUCUCGUGCCUCUCAACAGUACAGGCUCGAGCGAAGAUUGCUUGUUUCUCAAUGUAUACGCGCCGCCAAAUCCUUCCAGCCCACUCCCUGUGCUUUUCUACAUUCAUGGCGGGGGAUAUGGAAGAGGAAACGGCCAGCAGGACCUGUCGGCUAUCAUCAAUGCUAACAAUAACUCCUUCGUUGGGGUGACCAUCCAGUACAGGCUUGGUGCCUUUGGGUUUCUUGCCGGAGAUGAAGUCUUCCGGAACGGCGUGGUUAACGCUGGCUUACUAGACCAACAUCUUGCGCUGCAGUGGGCUCAGCGGUAUAUCUCCUUGUUUGGAGGGGACCCCAACCACGUGACGAUAGCUGGGCAAUCGGCAGGUAGGCUCCUAACCCUUCAACCUGACAUGGCGUUUGGUGGCUCCCUUGGCCAGGCGCUCUUCAGGAAUACGAUCGCCUCAUCGCCGUACCUACCCAUGCAGUACGGAUAUAAGGACUGGCAGCCUUCGCAGGCAUAUUACGCCUUUGCGUCGAUGGUGGGUUGCGCACCCACCCUGCCCUAUGGUGCUCAUCCAAAUACAAUCUUUGACUGUCUCGUUGGUCAAGACUCGGCCACGCUACAAAACGCAAGCGCCACAUUGUCCGAGUCUGGAAAAUAUGGGACUUGGGCUUUCUUACCGGUAACAGACGGCAUCUUUGUCCAAGAUCUUCCUAGUCGCCAGCUCUUGCGUAAAGAGCUUAAUGGACUAAAUUUGCUAGUGAGCAAUAACGCCCUUGAGGGACCGGCAUACACUCAACCCAACAUUACGACCGAGGACGACCUGGUGGCAUGGUUGCAAUUGACGUUUCCGCUGUUCACAAACGAUGACAUUGCAAAGGUCCUUCUCUAUUAUCCAAGUUCGAAUGACUCAACGAAUCCCGAUGCCCCAUUGUAUGCCUCUUCUGGUACCGGGCUACCGAGUUUCAUCAACCAGAGUAGCGUUGCAACAGGGCAGCAGCAAAGAGCUUUUGCUAUCUAUUCGGAGACGACCUUUGUAUGCCCCUCGUACUGGAUGGCAGAGGCGUACAGUGACCAUGGACGCAACUCGUUCAAGUACCAAUAUUCAGUGCCGAUUGCUGUUCAUGGGACCGACUUGACAGCUUACUUUGGACCGCCAACACCAAACCAAAGCCCGGACUUUGUUAACGCAGCUAUGAAGAUUUGGGGCAGCUUCAUUACGUCGGACAACCCAUCUAUCCCCAGUGCUGUUGCCAAUGGACUUUCGUCUAACAGUACCCUAAGCAAUCCGGCUUCGGAUUGGCCUCCUUUCAAGAUGUACUCGCCCUACCAGAUCAACCUCAACGUUACUGGGGGUACACCGUUCGCGUUCAAUUUGUCCUACAUCAAGGCCAACUUGACAGAAUACGGGGAACCGGGCCUAGUGAACAAUUUCACGCUAGUCGAUGCAUAUACAUGGGAAGCCGGAAGAGGGUAUCGCUGUGACAUGUGGAGGAGCUUAGGGGCGAUCGUGCCCGAGUGA